UGUUUGUCACGUUGAGCAUGUAGUAUUAUGUAGUAGUAUGUGUUAGCGCGUAGUGAGAAGCGACCCAUCUCCUUCCUGCCAGCAGAUACGAUGCUGUGCUUGGGCUCUUUGGUCGUGGCUGUUUGUUCUCUCCAUGUUUUGCAAAGACUUUGUUUUCCGUACUUUUGGAAAGAUGUAUUCUUCCUGUGGAACGUGAUUCGGUAUGGUGUGAGGCUGGAGAUGUUCAAGCUAACUUCCAGAGUGUGCACCGUCCUGGACAGGUUCAUCCAGCAGGCUCAACGCAUCCCCGACAAGCCUUUUAUGAUCUACGAAGGACGCAUCCUCACCUAUAAGGACGUUGAGCAGCGCAGCAACAAGUUCGCCAAUGUUUUCCUCCACAAACUCAACGUGAGGAAAGGAGACUGCGUUGCCUUGCUGAUGAGCAACGAGCCCGACUUCAUCUGCGUGUGGUUCGGGUUGGCGAAGCUCGGCUGCUCGGUGGCGUUUCUCAACACGAACAUCAAGUCGAGAUCUCUGCUCCAUUGCUUCAACUGCUGUGGGGCCAAAACCAUCAUAGUUGGUGCAGAUGUAGCGUGUCUUGAUGGCAUCAUAAGCACCCUCGUGGAGGACAACAUCCAGGUGUGGACCAUGAAGAGCCAGUGUGGGAACACGCAGGUGGACAACCUGUUGGCUCACAUAGAUGCUGCAUCCGACAAACCUGUACCAGCAAUGUUACGAGCUGUCACUUCCCUCAAAUCCCCGACCCUCUACAUCUUCACCUCUGGAACAACUGGGCUUCCUAAGGCAGCAGUGAUCACUCACCUCCAAAGCUUGAAAGCAGCAGGAGGGUUCUGGGCGUUUGGAGUGACUGAAAAGGACAUCAUGUACAUCCCUCUGCCUCUUUACCACAGUGCAGCUUCACUGAUCGGCAUUGGUGGAACCAUCGAGCUUGGUGCCACCUGCGUUCUGAAGAAGAAGUUCUCAGCAUCACAGUUCUGGAGUGACUGUCGAAAGUACAAUGUGACAGUGUUCCAGUAUAUUGGUGAACUGUGCAGAUACCUCUGCAACCAGCCACAGACAGAGAUGGACAAAGUUCACACCGUGCGGAUGGGAGUUGGGAAUGGGCUGCGUCAGGAUGUCUGGAAGGAGUUCCAGACACGCUACGGCAACAUUAAGAUGUGCGAGGUGUACGGAUCCACUGAGGGGAACCUGUGUUUCAUGAACCACAUUGGAAAGAUUGGCACAGUGGGACGUUCCAACUUCUUCUACAGGCUUCUCUUCAAGUAUGACCUGGUUAGGUACGACGUGAAGAAAGACGAGCCAAUGAAAGAUCGGUUUGGUUUCUGUCAGCGAGUGAAGAAGGGUGAGACGGGGCUUUUACUCUCGAAAGUAGGCCCCCGCAGUCCUUUCUUUGGCUAUGCUGGAAGCAAGCAGCUGACUGAGAACAAGCUGAUCAGAAAUGUGUUUGUGAAGGGAGAUGUCUUCUUGAACACAGGUGACCUUAUGGCUGAAGACCACGAGGGCUUCAUCUGUUUCAAAGACAGAAUAGGAGACACCUUUAGGUGGAAAGGUGAAAAUGUAGCAACCACAGAGGUGGCAGAGACUCUUGGUUUACUGGACUUUGUUCAGGAAGUCAACAUCUACGGGGUGGAAAUACCAGGACAUGAAGGAAGAGCAGGAAUGGCCGCCAUGAUUUUACGACCAGACCUCAAGUUUGACGGGAACAAACUUUUUGAGCAUGUGGUGCGGGAUUUACCCACAUAUGCUCAACCCCUCUUUGUACGGCUUCAGGAAGUCAUGGAAAUGACGAGCACUUUUAAGCAACAGAAGUUUCAGCUGGUUCAGAGCGGCUUCAACCCCUCAGCGAUAUCAGAUCCUCUUUAUGUAUUGGACCAUCAGCAGCACAGCUAUAUCCCUUUAACAGACACUACAUACGAGAGUAUACUCUGCGGCAAACGCAAGCUAUAGCGCCCUCUGCUGAGCGUAAUGGCACACAUCCAAGCACGUGACAUAAUGAAGUAGCUUGGCUUCGCCUUGUUUUUCACAUGGUUAACAACUGCAAUCAAACAUUGAUUUUGUUCUUGGUGAACAGCUAUAAACUAACCAUUGUCACAAUGAAGAACAGUUAUUUGUCCACCAAUACAAUAAAUACAAAUACUUUUUAGUAGUAAGUGUUAAUUUCAUGAAGAAACAAACACACCCAAUUCAUUGAAUAUAUUAUAAUUACAUGUUUGCACUAUUUGUGGUUUACAUUUUCUAUCUAAAUACAAUCAGAAUUUCUAAUAUUGUUACAGUCAAGCAACAUUUAAAUUUAUUUCCACUACAAUUAUAACAAUGUAAAAUAAAUCCAGAGAUGAAUGCACUGUACUGGACUUAUUAUUAUAAAUUAUUUUGGUAACCUUCACAUUCACAACUGAAGCUUUUGUUGCGAAAUAUCUGGAACUUUAAAAAAAAUUGUAUUGUGUCACAUCCAUAUUGUUCACAUUUGUUUUCUCAUUCUGAUGUUGCAAUGUGUGCCUUGUUGUGCGUUUGUGUUUAUAUUGUUACAUUUCGGGGCCGGCUCUAACUAAAUGAGUCCCCCCCCACCAAAUAAAAACGGACAAGUGAAAACAAGUGAAGCUCCACUCAUCUCUCAUCUCUGAGUCAAUGCUGCAUACGUAUGUCUUCACAACCCAGACCCGCCCCCCAGUAAACAUCCAAUCACUGUUAGUAUGCAAAUUAGCCAGGAGCCGCUGUGGUGUCAGGUUUCAAGACUUUGAGGAAACAGAGAAAUGU